GCUUCAAGAAACGCGACCGAAGCAACAAAGAAUGAUUGGGAAAGCUGAGUAUUUCAACAGGUUUCCCCGAAGAACCAUAUCUGAGGUUCUCGACGAGACUGAUGAGGCGAAAUUCAGAAUCAUGUGUACCAUCUUCAACAUUGACAUGGAUUUUGGUUUCUACUACUUUAUGUGUAAUAAGUGUAGUAACACUGCCUUUAAGGUUACUCCAAGGUUCAAGUUGAUUCUUGAUGUGAUGGAUAGUUCUGGUGAGCUUAAGUGUAUGCUUUUUGAUAACAGUGCUCCCAAAAUUGUUAAUCAGAACGUCGAUGAAAUUCUCGAUGGGGUGUAUGAUGAGAUUCAAGAUCCAACGAAUGUGCCUAAUUGUUUGAAAAGUUUAGUUAGAAAAACUUUCCAGUUUUUGAUCAACAUUGAUAAGGACAAUAUACAUGGUGGGAAUGAUACCUACAAAGUUUCCUAUGUUGAAUUGGGUGAUGAUGCAGAACAUGUAGACCCUCCUCAAGAUUCUGAUGUUCCCAUUGAUCAUAAUUCUUUGAUCUCCAUUGAGCAGGAUCAAGUUGUUAUAUCUAAUAGCAAUGAGUCUGACGAUCAAAUAGGAACUGCCUCCACUACCCCCUCAUCUAAGCGAUCGAACAACAGCACUGAAGAUACUGAUGAGAAUUCUUCUUCGACUAAAAAAAAGAUCUGUGUGACCUCGAUCAGUGAUGAAAUUGAGAAAGAGGUUUCCGGCGGGCUUAGAGCAUAAGGAAACAUGAAGCAUGGUAGCAAGUUUCGAUUUUAGGAUGGAUUUUAUUAUUUUACGUUUCCAUAAUCAUUAGGAUCUUCCUUUUUGAGUUAUUUCUAUAAUUUCUGUUGUCUUCGUUCUUUUGUUAUUUAAUUAAUAAAUAAAUAUUGCUGCC